AACGCGUCUCCAAAUCAAAGCGCUCCUCUUCUUUCCUGUUGAUACAGAGCAUCUCUCUCUCUCUCUCUCUCUCCCCCACUUUCUCUCUCUAAAAAAAUUUCCACAUUUCUAAGAAAACAUGGAAGCCAUUGAUUCAGUCAUCGAUCCCCUCAGAGACUUCGCCAAGGACAGCGUUCGCCUAGUCAAGAAGUGCCACAAGCCUGAUCGCAAAGAAUUCACCAAGGUCGCUCUCCGUACGGCGAUCGGGUUCGUCGUGAUGGGAUUCGUCGGGUUUUUCGUGAAGCUGAUAUUCAUCCCGAUCAACAACAUCAUUGUCGGCUCUAGUUAGGUCUUCUUUAAGGAUAAGUUGCUAGAAUAUGAGGUCGCAUUGAUGCAACUUGUAUUCACAGAGGAGAGCUUAGCUUUUAUUUUUCUGUUAUAUUUCUUUAUUUCGUUUUGAACAUUGUUGAACUGACAUGGAGGAGAACAUAUAAUUCAAACUUUUGUCUCUCCAUUUAUACAAUUUAAUUCCUGUCUUUUUACAAGACUAGUAAUUUUCGUAA